AACAAGAGAGAAGUGGAAUUUGGCUGUAUCAAAUUUGAGUGCAAAGGAUCCUCCAAUUGCUGUAUAAACCGGGAAUAAUUUUGCCACCGUGUUCCUCAGUUUUCAUCUCAUGGAUGACAUGAUUGUGUCUCUGUUCGAUUCUUCAAAUGAAUGAAAGUGUGGGAUCUGUAUUUUGGAGUUGUACCCUUUGUGUUGGAGUGGACAAACUGUGCAAUGCCUGUGUGUUUUGGCUCUCAUUUUUUGGCCUUUGAUGUCUUUUAUGGUUAGUUAUGUAAUUCAAUUUAUUAGUUUAUUAUUUGUUUCUUCUUCAAAUCCUAGGGUAUUGGAUGAGUUGUGUAAUUUCAGUGUGUAACAUUUGCUUUUAUAUAUUAGAAGCAAAUGAAUUUGAUGAGAAAUGGGUAUUUCAACAAUUCUGGGUCUUGAAUUGUUUACAUAAUUGGAUGGUUGGUUAAUG